AUGGUACUGGGCCUGAUAGCGCUAGCGGGGACUAUCCCAAUGACGGCAACAGCUGUAUUAUCGCUCCAGGACAAGGCUGAGAGCACAAAAAAAGACGGCCUCAAAAACGAGUGGAAGACAGAACGAUGUCAUAUGCGGUGUCGCCCGACAGCCAAUUCGCCAAAGGACAGGAAAGAUAUCUUCGUCAACAACCACGUCGUACUACGGGAUGGGAAGCUCAACUUUGAAGGUCUGGUGUCAACCAUCUCAGACAACCCGCCACAACUGAACUGGAUAUACCUGGACCCGGAGUCUUUGCAGAUUUGGCAUGGUCUGCGUGUAGAGGCGGAGAAAGGACUGCCUGGACCAUGGGGAGCGCGAGUGUGUGCAGAUGGAGAGAUAAGAUUCCUGUGGGACAGGUGGGAAGGCUUCAUGGCUGUCGAGACGGAAGAGCAAGGACUGUGGGCUCUGUGCUUCGAUCGUCACGAUAAUGGGCUGAAAGGCAAGGUUGAGGAAGGAAAGAGGACUGUAGAGUUGGAGCUGAUACGCGUGGAAGCAGAAAAGGAAUAA